GAGGACUAUGGAGACUAUACAUGGUUCAAAGCAUGCAUGAAAAAUAUGGAAAGAUAUUUAGAAUUGCAUACAUUGAAUCUCCAUUUGCUGCCUUGUGGAAGGGGAGAAAAAGAGAAGGAGAAGAGGAUGUGAAAGACAUGUUGAAUAAGAAUAAAGCCCUGUUACAUCAAUAUUCCCUGGAUGAUUUCCCCAAAUGGACAAUGUGUCACAUCACUGGGAUGAGGGAAAUGAUGAUGACCUUCCAGGGAGAUAUAACACUGGAUCCUGAAACAGUCAAUCCCUACCUCAUUGUGUCUGCUGAUCUGAAGAGUGUGAAACACUCAUGUGUUCCCCAGGAUGUACUUGACCACUCAGAGAGAUUUAACUAUUCUGCCACUGUGUUGAGUACUCAAAGGUUCACUUCAAGUAUACAUUACUGGGGAAGUGAAAGUGACAAACAUGACUGAAUAGGAAGUGGGGAUUUGUAAGGACUCCAUUAACAGGAAGGGGAAUCCCCCAUCGUUACCUGGAGAAGUAAUUGCUCUGAAAAUCUUCAAAGCUGGAAAUAAUUUCUGCCUUGCAGUCUCAUACAUUGAGGGUAAUUUUCACAUAAAAGAACACAUAAAAAAGAUUGGCAUUUUCCUUGAUUAUGAAAAUGGUCAUACAUCAUUUUACAAUGUUACAGAUGGAUUACUUAUGUGUAGUAUAUCAAUUGUUGCCUUCCAAGGACCUCUUCAAUCUUUCUUUUUGCUUUCAAAAUGAUGAUAACACCUCCAUAUUUCUUGUUGUUUGCCCAUGUGUAACCAUUUCAUAGCAAGUUCAUUUACCCAAACCUUCAGCCCUAAGGCUAAGAAAGAGCUGAUAAUGAUAAUAAUUAUCCAAAGAGAUUCAAUUAUAGGUGACUGAAAACAAGUAGUAAAAUGACUUUUUUUUCACAAAUUGGAAUUUAUGUUGAACUUAUCAGUAAAGAACUUGACUUACAUGUCAAAAUGGAUCUUAUUCAAACUUUGCUUCAAAGUACAAUUGCUCCAACCUCUCAUGAUACUUAUUUCCAUAUAUUAAAAAAAAAAAAAAACCUUGGCUGUUCAGGUAGAGCACUGAUCUAAUUCCUUUUCUGAAUUCAACUGGAUGAUCUUAUCCAGAGUUAAAUAAACCUUUAGUUAAACGUUUUGUAAGGAGUAAUAGAUGACAGGAAAUAGAUCUUUCCAUUUCACACAAUCCCCCCCUGGAAUUUGUAAAUUAUAUUUACCAUAUUUCUAUGAAGAACUUACAGACCAUUCAAAAUCAACCAAUAUAUCUAUACAUUGUUUGUCAAGUUCACCAUCUGGAUCAUCUCUCUCUACUACAUUUCAACCUUCUUUCUGAAGAAUCAUCAUUUUAAUAGCAUCUCUAUAUGCAGUAUCUUUAACAAGGACCGUUGAAUUAUUCUGGUUACUAAUGUAAUUAUACAAGGUAGACAUGGCAGCAACAGGAUAAUACCACUGAUUGCAAUAAGUCCAUACCAUAAAAGUUGCUUCCACCAACUGUCUUGGAAACUGUUAUCACAUAGCAGAUUGGCAUUUGGCAGACAUAAAAAUACAAAGAUAAAUAAACAAAGAUGACAAUCUAGGAAAACUGAGGCACAACAUUACACACUCUCUUUCUGAAUAUUUGAAUUAUUGAAUUACCUCCCCCUAGAUACCUGGGAGGUCUCAGGACCAUAAUUUUGACCAACCUUAUGUAAAGCAAAUAAA